AUGAUAAUGGAGAGACAGCAUAGAUUAUUACUGCUGGGGAUUGUGGUAUUAUGUUUUCUGGGAGCCAAAUCAGAUACAGACAACUAUGCAUACAAGAACCCUGAAAGGCCAAUGAAUCUUAGAAUCCAGGACCUGAUGAGAAGGAUGACACUGGCGGAGAAGAUUGGCCAAAUGGUGCAAAUCGAGCGAGCUGCGGCGUCUGCUGAGGUCCUGCGGAAGUAUCAUAUAGGGAGUGUGUUGAGCGGCGGGGGCAGUGCUCCGGCGCCGAAAGCUUCUCCCAAGCAAUGGGUGGAUAUGGUGAAUGCCUUCCAAAAUGCAUCCUUGUCGACGCGCCUUGGGAUCCCAAUGAUCUAUGGGAUUGACGGCGUUCACGGCCACAACACGGCUUAUGGCGCGACCAUGUUCCCACACAAUAUCGGCCUCGGGGCCACAAGAGAUCCUCAGCUGGUUAGAAGAAUUGGAGCUGCCACUGCACUUGAACUCAGGGCAACGGGGAUUCCUUACACCUUUGCACCUUGCAUUGCUGUCUGCCGCGAUCCGAGGUGGGGAAGGUGUUACGAGAGCUACAGCGAGGACACCAGCGUCGUGAAAGAAAUGACCGAGCUCAUACCAGGGCUGCAAGGAGAUAUUCCACCCAACUCUCCGAAGGGUGUUCCAUAUGUCGCCGUUGGAAAAGACAAGGUUGCAGCAUGCGCGAAACACUAUGUCGGCGAUGGAGGCACGACUAGGGGCAUCAAUGCGAACAACACUGUCACAAGCUUCCACGGAUUGCUUAGCAUCCAUAUGCCUCCCUACGACGUGUCCAUCAUCAAGGGCGUCGCCACUGUCAUGGUCUCGUAUUCGAGCUACAAUGGAGUGAAGAUGCAUGCCCAUCGCGAACUCAUCACCGAUUUUCUUAAGAAGAAGCUGCGCUUCAGAGGAUUUGUCAUCUCAGACUACAAGGGUAUCGAUCAAAUAACUUCUCCUAUGAAUGCUAACUAUACGUACUCAAUUCUAGCCGGAGUUGGAGCUGGCAUCGACAUGGUCAUGAUUCCAGACAACUACGUAGAAUUCAUUGAUGGACUAACAUCCUUGGUGAGGAGAAACUUCAUUCCCAUGAGCCGGAUUGACGAUGCAGUGAAGAGAAUUCUGCGAGUUAAGUUCAUAAUGGGGCUGUUUGAGAAUCCCUUUGCUGAUUACAGCAUGGUUAACUAUGUAGGGAGCCAGGAACACAGACAACUAGCCCGGGAAGCUGUGAGGAAAUCCCUGGUGCUUCUGAAAAACGGCCAAUCUGCAGACAAGCCAUUGAUCCCUCUACCUAAGAGAGCAUUCAAGGUACUCGUUGCAGGAUCACACGCCAACGACAUUGGCAACCAGUGUGGUGGCUGGACUAUAGGCUGGCAAGGGGCAAGCGGCAACACAACAAUAGGUACCACAAUUCUUCAAGGCAUAAAGAUGACAGUUACCCCUGAUACCAAAGUUGUUUACCACAAAGAACCAAGUCCUGAAUACUUGAACUCCACCAAACCAUCUUACGCCAUUGUUGUCGUGGGCGAAUCACCGUAUGCAGAAGGGAAUGGGGACAGCUUGAACUUGACACUGCCAGAGAAUUCUUACAACACCAUAACAAAUGUAUGUGGACAUGUGAGAUGUGUGGUGGUGCUGAUCACCGGCCGGCCAGUCGUGAUUCAGCCGUAUCUUCCACAGAUUGAUGCACUUGUUGCUGCUUGGCUGCCGGGCACCGAAGGACAUGGAGUUGCUGAUGUCCUGUAUGGGAACUAUGGGUUCAGUGGCAAAUUGCCACACACUUGGUUCAAGACCGUCGAUCAGCUGCCCAUGAACGUUGGGGAUCAGCAUUAUGAUCCUCUGUUCCCUUUCGGAUUUGGGCUUUCGAUUAAGCCUACCUGAGGCCAGCUGAAUUCAUAAUUGGUUGUUAUUUACAAUAAGGAGAUACUUGCAUACCAUAAUCCUCUGGAAAACAGUACAAUAAAGAUAUAAUAAUUCAAAAUUACACA